AGCGGCGCACCGUUGGGUUGUUGGUACCACGUCUGUUUCUGUGUUGUAAAGGAAGCUCUUCCGUUAAAUAUGUCUUAUUAACGGGUUAACUCUGUAGUUUGGAGAAAGGAGAGAUAAAUUACACGCCGGUUGGAGAAAUGGAGGCUGUGAGUAAGUGGACCCCGCAACAAGUGGUGGACUGGAUGAAAGGUCUGGAUGACAGCCUGCAGCAGUACAUCCCGUCCUUCCAGGGGCAGCAGGUGGACGGGGAGAAGCUGCUCAGGAUGUCCCACCAGGAGCUGCUGUCUCUGGGCAUGUCACGGGUCGGACACCAGGAGCUGGUGCUGGAGGCCGUGGAUCUGCUCUGCGCACUGAACUACGGUGUGGAAAAGGACAACCUGAAGACUCUGGUGGGGAAGAUGAGAGCAGCGCAUCACAACCUGAACAGCGCAGUGUCGCAGCGCAGGAAGAACCCUGCCUAUCACAGCAAAAUCUCUCAUCAGCCCUCCAAUGAGUUCCUGACUGCCGUGGUUGAGCUGAUUGGAGCUGCCAAGAGCCUGCUGGCCUGGCUGGACAGGACUCCUCUGACGAGCGCCAACGACUUCACCUCUACCAAAAGCAGAAUCAUCCAGCUGUGUCUGGAGCUCACCUCCACCGUCCAGAAGGACUGCACUGUUUAUGAGAUAGAGGAGAAGAUUCUGGAAGUGUCCCGAGCCUUGAACGGCGUAUGCGAGAAGACAGUCCAGGCAACCUCUGACCCCUCAAAGAGUGAGAUGUCCUGCCUGGAGGAGGUGCACAUCACCAACGUCAAGCCUGGGGAGGGACUGGGUAUUUACAUCAAAUCCACCUACGACGGGCUUCACGUCAUCACGGGAACAACAGAGAAUUCUCCUGCAGACAAAACCCAAAGGAUUCACGCUGGAGAUGAAGUCAUUCAGGUCAACAAACAGACAGUGGUGGGCUGGCAGUUGAAGCACCUGGUGGAAAAGCUGAGGGCGGAGUCAGGAGGCAUUGCGCUGAUGUUGAAGAAGAGGCCGUCUGGAAUGUGUGGCGGCUUUGCACCCGCUCCGCUGAAAAACCUGCGCUGGAGGCCGCCGCUUGUACAGACGUCUCAGGGAGCUCCGGGUCUCUACAGAUCUCGACAGCCAGAAACCUCAGACGCUCCUGGGAAGAGAGGGAAAACAACCAUAUUGGAUUUGUACGUCCCUCCUCCCCCUGCAGCACCUUACAUAGCACUAGACGGGAACACCAACGUGUCUCCAGGUGUGAAAUUGAGACCAAGGUCUCCAAAUUCAUGUCUGGACGUGGAUGCACGGCGACGCUUCACUGUUACAGACGACUACAGGACUCCUGUCAGCCCCCCACGUGAAGUCAACCAACCAAACCCUGUGUGCCUUCGACAGCGCUCGUCCACACGCUGUAAACCUCGACCUGUCUCCAUGCCAGUGGAGUCGUUUUCAGCCGACCCGUUCUCCAGACCCGGGGCUCAGGGAAGGAAAGGGCAGGACAUCCUGCACAGAUAUCUGAGUAACGAGGGAAUCAGCACCAUCACAGAGGAGGAGCCAUGUUACCCUCUGCCGUACCGAGGACACCCGUCUGUCCGAGGAGUCGACCACAUCAGAGGCAGCCAGUGCUUCAUCAAUGCCAAUCUGCACAACAGCGCCACCAUUCCUUACCAGGAAGCAGCAUCCAAGAAGUCUGCUGCCUCCACCUCUGCUGCUGUCUCCCCUCCUAUGGCUGUAACAAAACAGUCGACAUCGCUGCUCGGAGGCUGGCUGGCUCGUCUCAGGCUGCUCAGCCACUCUUCCUCCCAUGCUGAGCAUCAUUCUGCUGCAAAGACGCCUCACUGCUGGACAUCCAGCCUGAAGCAGACUCCAGGCUCGACUGCAGACAUGAGUCGGCGGCGGGUCUCGGUCAAAGAUCUGGGGGUGGUGGACUGUCAGGGCUGGCUUCUCCGAAAGAAGGAGGGCCGCAGCUUCCUGGUAAGCAAAUGGAGGAGAUACUGGUUCAUCCUGAAGAAGACUUCUCUGUAUUGGUAUACCGACAAGAUGGCAGAGAAAGCAGAAGGAUUCAUCAACCUGUCCGGCUUCACCAUCGAACAGGCCAAACAGUGCCGGAAGAAACAUGCCAUGACAGCCAGUCAUCCACUGGUUGUGACUAUUUUCAUCGCUGCAGAGAGCUUCACAGACAUGAAUAAAUGGAUCAGUAAGCUGUCAGAGGCGGCCGAGCUGUGUGAAAUGAUCAACACUGAAGAGUGCUACAGCGAGGACAGCGAUCAGGACGGUGACGAGUGUGUGUCGACCUGUUCUUUAAACUCUGAGCAGGAAGCAGCUGCAAAUGGGGACGUUCUUCAGCCUCUCUGUGAGUCUUCAGCCUCUGCCUCAGUUCCACCCACUACAACGGACGCUGAAAGCAGGAGAAGAAGCACCUCAGAGGGUGCAGCUUUGAGUAGAAACAGAAGACAAAGAAGAGGGCCCUCAGAAGGCGGUAAGCGCCUGUCCUGGCUGGAUCUCCCUGGGCCUGAUGGAGCUGGUGGAGGGGCGUCCCUCCCUGUGCUGCAAGUCACAAAAGAAACAGAAGAGAAGGUCGUCCACGAGAAGCCACCCGAUGAGAUGGAGAGUCUCUACAACCACCUGAAGGCAGCCAGCUUGUCUCCAACUGGACAGUCCAGUCAGAGGGACUUCAGAGCGUCCUUCAUCAGACGAUGUCAGAACGAAAAGCUCAACGAAAAGCUUCACCUGCUCCGGAUCCUCCGCAGCACGCUGAAGGCCAAAGAGUCGGAGCUGCUGGCGGUGGAGCAGAUCCUGACCGACCCCACACUCACGGCACCCACAUACAGGAAGUGGAGGACCUCUAACCCCGUCCUGCUGCAGGAGAUCACUCACCGCUACCAGGCAGCAGGCGGCACUGCAGAGCUGAGGCCUCAGGCCGCUGUCACGCCAAGUUAAACACUGCUUUACGUGAGUGUUUUCAGGUUUUCCUUCAAGUCACACGUGUGACAUGGAGCAGGUGACUGCAGGUGACUGUGGUGGAGCUCACUGGGUGCCGAACAUGUCGCAAGUGACUGUUAAUGUUUUCACUGUAAUGUGAUUUCCAUCGAGACGGCUGUAGCAGAAAGCACAUUUAUGAGUACAUUUACCCAAGUACUGCGCUUAAGUACAAUGCUACAUACUUGUACUUGAUUUUUUCCAAGUUAUGCUACUUUAUACUUCUACUCCACUACAGUUUGGAGGCAAAUAUUGUACCUUUACUUUGCUAUAUUUAUUUGAUAUAUGACUCUGCAAAAUAAGUACUUUUACUUUUGUACUCUAAGUAUAUUUUGAUGCUAAUACUUUUGUCUUUUUAAGUAUGAGUUUGAAUGCAGGACUUUUAAUUAUAAGAGUAUUUCUACACUGUAAUAUUGAUACUUCUACUUAAAUAAAUGACGUGAGUGCUUAUUUCCAUACCAUCUGUCUGGGAAAACAGUUGUGUAAAUGCAGUAUUUUAUAAGUUCACAGUGACACCUAUUGUAUUAACAUUUAUUAAAAGUUUGUUCUGUUUGCUUUCUUAACAUCUUUUCACCAAAUGAUCAGGAUCUCCAGCAAAUUAAAAGAUAUCCUGACAUGAUGAAGUACUGAAGCUGUUUAAGUCGACAUGAAUCCAUCACAGCUGAUCUGUAGAGAAACAUCGCCCUCCUUUGACUCUAAUCAGUAAAACCAUGUCCCAUAAACAGAUGGUUUGGUAGCUAACAUUUAUAAACAAAUGUUUAACUGCUUUCUUUCUAAUAGUAUAAUGAAAAUGUGGAAGAACGUGCAAUAAAAACUACAUUAGCAUAAAAA